UUCACCAUCACUCCUGGAUGGGGACUCCUGGCCGGGGCUGUCUGGGGAGCUGAGUCCCAGCUCUGAGGAGCCCCCCGUGACGCACGGUGAGCCCGCGCACCCGUACCCUCUCCUGCUUUAGCCAUGGGGGAGAGGGCCUAAUACACUCAGAUCACCCAGGGGACAGACAGAUGUCAUCUCUUCCCCAACCCCAAGGGUCCUGGCAUGACCACCAGGCUGGAAGAGGGAUGUGUGGCCCCGCCCUCUUUUGCCACUGUCUUUUCUCCCAGUCCCCCGCCCAGCUGGGACCCCCCAGAGCAGUUUGCGGAAGAAGAGUCCCCGGCCACCCAAGCAGGCCAAGUCCACCAGGGCCCCUGCAUUGACAGCCGGAGCCCCCCACCAGGGUAAGUCCCCUGUAGGCCUCCCCUCUGCAGAUCUGGACGGGGCCUGGGCCCCUAGAGUGUCCUUCUUUUAGCCUGUGGCCAUGGUGGGGGUCCGGAACACACCCCGUGCCUCGGGAUUUCAUGUCAGGCCUGUUCCCCCAACCCGCCCGGUCAGGGACCCAGGUGUGUCUACUCCUGGUGCCCAGGCACUUGCCCCACUCACAUCCUUGCUCUUCCUUAAAUGGCCAGACUGGCAGGCGGGUCUCAGGGCAAUGCCUUCUCUGGGCCUCAGUUUCUCCAGAUGGAAGACAAGGGUUUGCUUAUCACAGCUGCCUCACACGAAGCCCCUGUCUGUCCCCCCAGAGCGGCUGCGCCUGGUCUUGGGCCCCCAUGGGUGUGCGGGCCGGCUGGAGGUGUGGCACAGUGGGCGCUGGGGGACCGUGUGUGAUGACGGAUGGGACCUGCGUGAUGCUGCGGUGGCCUGCCGGGAACUGGGCUGUGGGGGGGCACUGGCUGCCCCUGGAGGGGCCAGAUUUGGCCCAGGCUUGGGGCCCGUGUGGAUGGAUGACGUGGGGUGCGGAGGUGGAGAGCAGGCCCUGAGAGACUGUCCCCGAAGCCCUUGGGGUCGGAGCAACUGUGACCACAGCGAGGACGCAGGGCUGGUCUGCACAGGUCCAGCCCCCCGGCUGCGUCUGGCUGAUGGCCCUCAUGGGUGUGCAGGUCGCCUGGAAGUGUGGCACAGUGGGCGCUGGGGGUCAGUAUGUGACGAUGCCUGGGACCUGCGUGAUGCCACUGUGGCCUGCCGGGAGCUGGGCUGCGGGGCUGCGCUGGCCGCCCCUGGAGGCGCCUUCUUUGGGGAGGGCACCGGACCCAUCUUCCUGGACGAUCUUCGGUGUCGGGGAAAUGAGACUGCCCUUCGGUUCUGCCCAUCUCGACCUUGGAGCCAGCAUGACUGUCACCACCGGGAAGACGCAGGGGCUGUGUGUGAUGGCAUGCCUCUUGCGCACGUGCCACCCAUGGCAACCACACUGGGCAGCAACAGCUCAAUGCCCAGGGAGGCAGCAUCCAGGCCCCUGGCCCCCACGGCAGGCCAGGCCACUCAGAUCCCGGGCAUUUUGCCUCCACCCUCCUCCUCAGCUGCCCCUUGGGAGCCUGGGCCGGAAGCGGGGUCCCCCCAACUGCGUCUGAUGGCUGGGCCCAGCAGGUGCUCAGGCCGGUUGGAGGUGUGGCACGCCGGGCGCUGGGGGACGGUGUGUGAUGACAGCUGGGACCUGCGGGACUCAGCUGUGGUCUGCCGGGAGCUGGGCUGCGGGGGAGCUCAGCAGCCAGACCCCACUGUGGGCCGCUUCGGGUGGGGCGCUGGCCCCAUCUGGCUGGACGACGUAGGGUGUGUGGGGACAGAGGCUUCACUCUCUGAUUGCCCUGCUGCUCCCUGGGGGAAGCACAACUGCGCUCACAAUGAGGAUGUUGGUGUCACCUGCACUGGGACCCCUGGCCUGGACUCCAUAUCAGACCCCUUUAGCUGGAGCUGGAUCCAUGGCCUAGGCAGAGACUCAGAUACGUGGCUCCCCGGGGAGCUGGCCACCAAGCCCUCUGCAAGGCUGACCACCAGUGUUCCUGAGAAAACCACCAAAGCCCCGGGGAAAAUGCCCAAGAGCACCAAGAAGUGGGCAACCAAGCAUGCAAAGAGGCCGACUACUCAGCCACCUGUGAUGCCAACCACUAAACACUCUAGGGGCCUGGGCACCCAGGGUCCUCCAGAACUGACCUUGCGAACCACAGCCCUGACCACUGAGGGCCCCCACAGGCUGACUUCAAACACCGCCACAAUGCUGAGCCCCCGGACUCCCCAGGUGUGGACCUUUAAGACUGUGGCAACGCCCGUCACUCAAGGCCCCCAAGAGAUGACCUCUGAGGCCACCAUAAAGCGAAUCCCUCUAGCCUCUGUGGAGCCAUCAGCUGAGAUCCCAGCAGAAGGUUCUCCAGAGUCAUCCAAAGAUCUAGCCUCCUCCCCUGCCAGGAGCACUGUGGGGGGGUCAGGCCACACAGACGAGGAGGACUAUCCCCCUUGGACCUGGGACCCCACCUCUGAAGAGGACCUGGCCCAGGGGACCACUGCUGGAGGAGCACCAGGACACACUGUCUCCUGGGGCAGCACCCGGAGUUCCUGGACCCCCUCCCCAGCAACAAGGCACCUCUUGGGCCCAGGUGAUGAUGGUUAUGAGCCUUUGCGGACAUGGGACACGCCUUCAGGAGGGGCCCCAGCCAAGGGAACCCCUGCUGCAGGCAUACCUGGAUCUACUCUUACCGCAAGCACCACCAGGAGCCCAGGCCAUCCCUCUCCAGCUCCAGGGGUCCAUGGAGACACAGGUUCUGGGAGGAAACCAUUGCCCGAGCGCCGUGUACUGCGGCCCACAGCAGCCAGGACGGCGCCCCCCACUCCUUCCCCGGGUCCGCCGCUGACCUCCGACUCGGCGCCAGAGCUCAUCGAGGCAGCUUCCAGGGAGGUGACCUUUUACCCUCCUGACACUUCGCCACCCGGACCAGAUCUGGCCUCCUGGAAGACUUCUGACCUCACCUUGACAACCCCUGGCCUUACUUUGUCCACUCCUGACACCACCGUGGUUCCAGCAGUGACCCCUGAGUUUUCACCCACUCCACCACCUACCUUGCCCAAAGAACUGACCUCAGACUCCUCUGUACCUCCGACCCGCCUUUCUCCUACAUCAGAGCUGACCCCAGAAUCUGACACAGCCCCAGGCUGGGACACAGCUCCAUACCCCAACACAGUCCCAGAACCUUCCGGAUUCCCAGAUUCCUCCACAAGCCCUCGCCCCACUACCACCCUGAGCUCCACCACCACCCCUCACUUCACCAUGACCCUUCCCUCCACCAUGACUCCUCCCUCCACGACGACCUCCCAGCCCACCACUACUGCUCACCCCAUCACAACUCACUCUACCACAGUCCCUCACCCAGCUACAACCCCUCGUCUAUCCAUGACCCAUCACCCCACCAUGACCCCUCAUCCCACCACUGCUCAACCUACCACAAUCUCUCAUUUCAUCACAACCCCUUACCCUGUCACCACCCCUCAUCCUACCAUGAUCCCUCGCCCCACCACCACUACCUACCCCACCAUGACUCAUGACUCCAACUCAACCCCUAUGGGUACUACCAAGUCCCUUCUAACUUCCUUGGGAACAGAACUUCCCUUUCCCACUUCAGCACCAAGAAUCAAGCCCGGCCAGCACCCCCGGUUGACCUUGAUGGGGGUCCCUCACUCCUCCACAUCAAUGACAUUGAACCAAGAGCCCCCUCAAGCCUCAGAGUCCAGCCCCUCCAGGCCUUCUCCAGCCCCAAGCAUGGACACACCAUCCACUGAGAACUUCAAGCCACCCAGAAGCCAGAGCCCCAAACUAACCUCUGCACCUCCCCAAGCCCCACACUCAGCUUCUGACCCUACUUUGACUCCCGACCUCCACCUGUCCUCCAUGGCCCACCCCUUGGAUCAGCCUCCUCCUGAUCACCUCACCCUAGGGCCAACCCCUGGUCAGAGCCCAGGCCCCCUUGGCCCAUGUAUAGCCCCAGUGCCACCUGUAAGGGUCAUGGCUUGUGAGCCACCUGCCCUGGUAGAGCUUGUGGCAGCUGUGAGGAAUGUGGGUGACCAGUUGCAGAGGCUGACCCAGACCUUGGAGCAGGACCAGCAAGAGCGCCAAGCCCUAGGACUGGGGCUGACUCAGGUGGUAGAGGCUGCCCAGGGUCUGGGGCAGCUGGGUGAAGUUGUGAAGAGACUGGCAGAGGUGGCCUGGCCCCCCAGCACAACUGGACCAACCACCACCACCCCAGAGGAGGAAGAGAAGCCUCUGAGGGGAGAUGUGUGACCCCCAUCUGGGACUUGAG